AUGGCAACAUCUACCGUCACCGAGACUCUUCACACAACAGAAGAGAUUCCGCUUAGCGUUUUCCCACCAAAAGCAGUCUUGAAAGGCAGCAAUGACUCUGAGAAACCGUUUGUAGAUGCGCCGAUUCUCGAGCCGGCCAUCGCAAGUGAUGAUUCUACAGCUCCUGAAGACGCCUUUGAGGCCAAGGUGAAGUGGAACUCGCCGCCUAUCAACAAGUAUCGUGUCCUUUGUACUUUUUGGUCCUUUUUCGUUCUGGGCAUGAAUGAUGGCUCCUAUGGUCUGGAGGAGUAUUACCAUUUAACCUACACAGUCGUCUCGCUCAUCUUUCUUUCCCCGUUCGCUGGCUACACCUUGGCCGCAUUGGUCAACAGCGCGAUACAUAUUCGUCUAGGCCAACGUGGCGUGAGCAUGAUAGCGCCGCUAUUUCGUCUCGUCCCCUAUCUUGUCAUAACCUUUCAUCCACCGUACCCAGUCCUCGUUGUGAUGUACAUCUUGGUUGGUUUCGGCAAUGGAGUUGUAGACGCAGCCUGGAGCGCCUGGAUCGGCAACAUGGCCAACUCGCACGAAAUCUCUGGCGUCUUGCAGGCCUGUUACGCUCUGGGGGCGACGGUAGCUCCCCUGAUUACUACCGCCAUCAGCUCGCAUGGUCGCGGCGGUUGGUGGACGUUUUACUACAUCAUGGUUAGUGUCUCGGCACUUGAGCUUGGCACCAGCACAACCACGUUCUGGACGCAGACAGGUGCAGUAUACUUGAGUGAAAACCCACACCAAAAGGCCGGCGAGGCUGCCACGUCGGGACGAACACGAGAGGCGCUGAAGAACAACCUGACCUGGUUCUUUUCUCUCUUUAUCUUCUUGUAUGUUGGUACCGAGGUCUCUAUUGGCGGUUGGAUCGUCGUUUUCAUGACCAAAGUUCGCAACGCUACUCCGUUCGCUGGCAGUGCCACAGCAACAGGAUUCUGGGGCGGCAUGACUGUUGGGCGUCUUGUGCUGGGCUUCGUCACCUCCCGACUCGGUGGCUUUCGGGCUAUGCUUCUGUACCUUGGACUGGCCAUUGCCAUAGAGCUAGUAUUUUGGCUCGUCCCGAAUAUGGUUGUGACUGCUGUUGCAUCUGCGUUGCUGGGCAUGAUUUUGGGACCCAUCUACCCUACGGCAGUGGUGCUCAUGACCAAGGUGCUGCCGCGCUCUCUUCAUAUCAGUGCUAUUGGAUUUGCAACAGCCAUUGGAGGUUCUGGCUCAGCCGCCUUGCCAUUCGCAGUCGGUGCCAUCGCACAAGCAAAGGGUGUCAAGACACUACAGCCCAUCGUCCUUGCAUCGUGUGUCGUGAUGCUGAUUGUUUGGCUGUUCCUGCAGCAGCAUCGGCCAAAGGAUAAGGAGGAGGGCUUCAGCAUGGCCGUGUUCAAGCGGAUGGGCGAGCGGGUGCAAAAGUUGUUUAAAUAA